AUGAAUAACUAGUUUCAUGCCUAUGGUAAAAAUAGCAUAAGGAAACAGAAUUUAGAGAAAAGAAUGUUAUAAACAAUAUUUUUUCCAAACAAAUGGAAUUUUCAUUACUUUUUUAAUAUGAUGAAGGAUUGCCAAUAAUUCAUCAUAGCUUGUAUAUCAGAAAUAGAUCAUUCUUGGAUAAUAAAAUUGCUAGUCUUAUUAGCCAAUGCAGGGAGGAAAAUUUAUUUGAUUAUGGAUUGUAAGGAGGAUCAAAGAAAUGAUGAAUUGUUUUAGGCAGUGAUUUGCGAAUUGUUAAUAGAAAGUCAAUUCAAAAUAAAGAUAGUUGUAAACACAAAAAAAUACGAAAGUCUGCCUACUAAUUUUUGUGUAAUAGAUGGAAAAGUCUUAAUCACCACUUCUACAAAUUGGACUAUCAAUUCUUUCAAUAAGUCUCAUGAAUGGAUGAUGCUUGAUAAAAAAUAUGAUAACGUAGUUGAAAUGAUUGAAAUAUUCGAAUAAAUGUGGAACUAAUUUAAGUUUGUUACAUUUAUAAAUGAAGAUAUUGCUUUGUUAGAUAAUGACGAUUCCCAAUUUCAGUCAGUGUUUACAUAUUGA